GUGUUACAUGUGUUGGUCUUCACGUUAGGAAACGAGAUCUACCUGUAUCUGUGAUAGUUCUGUGUUGUUUCUUGUGCAUUUUACUGGAGUCAGAAAUAAGGGAAGCAAUUGUGAAGUGUCAUAACUCUUUUAAAAUCAGAACUCCAAUUGUAUAUUUUUUUAAUUUUGAAAGUAGUGUCAUCAUUAUCUUGCAAGACACCAAAAGCUAUAGAUACAUGCACACCAUGUGGAGCCAAUCAGUCAAACGCAACUGUAAAUUUAAAUUCAAUAUCGAAUACAAUUAAAAAAUUAAAAAAACGAAUGGAAAAAGAACUGAAAAGUCUGGCUCAUUCAUACAUGGUGACUACAUCCCAAGAAAGGCCAAAUCUAGAUGAAUGUUGUGAUGUAGAGACUAUUUUGGAUCGUCUUAACCUAACAUUACCUGGCGACUUGAUCUCAUUUCAUGGAGCUUUAACGGACGUUGCCAGCUUGAUCAAUGACGUUACAUUUUUAAGGCUGAACCUGAAGUUAGAUCGUACGAUAAUACAGACAAUAAAUAUAACACUCUGUCAGCUUCAUCGAUAUUUCCAGCACAAUGAAUACAUUAGGCCAACACGAUCAUUUUCAAGCUGCAAGCGGCCAAGCAACUUAAUUCAAUGUAGGCCUACAACUCUUAAUUCUGACGACUGUAAAGCCAAGAUUACAAUUGACUUUAUCCGAAGUGCUUCGCUACUUUUAGAUAACACAUAUUCCGGACUUAACAAAUUCAAGAAUGCGACCAAUUCAAAAAGAAACAAAGGGGGCGCUAAAAAAACAAAAAUGGGUAAAAACAAGGGCCCAACAAAGCAGACACAAAAACAAGAGAAAAACAAAACAAAAAAAGCUAAGCCUAACAGGAAGAACAUAGCACAGACUUCAGUGUCACCAUAGAUAACAUCUACUGGAAAUUUGUAAAACAUACAGACGGGCCUAAGUGUCUAAGGUAUUUCUUGUUAAACUGCAUAUUCCAUUAGUACAAGAUCUAGAUAACUUACAUUUGAAUAUUUUUGGCUCACAUUUUGCAUUUCUUAAAAAUUUCACUUUGCAAUAUUGUAGAGUCUAUAACAUGCUCUGAAUCUAGUCUAUCGCUACCUUAAUGUAUUUAUUCAUACAUUAGUUUUUCAUUGGUGAGUUAUU